AUGGAGAUCUGGAGGAGAACUUGGGCCUGCUCGAAUGAGGAGUACUGCUACAGCAAGAAGGAUCCAAAUACUGAUAUUCCACAUCCCAUAUUGUUCGGUUCAAAUGGAUGUACGGACCAGAAUGGGCAAUGUGGAGAUCCUACAGUUGGAAAGAAAAAGAAGAGAAAGGGUGUGGCAAGGGGAAUGAAGAAAGUGACACCAGAGGACUUGGUAGAGGUGCAGGCACUCGAGUCAGCAGGUUUGAGGGUUAGCAGUUCUUUAUAUUUUAUGGCAAGGCAAAAUGGAGGUGCCCUUUUGGUUAGAUUUAUGUUGAAGGACUUAUACAACAAAUUGGACAGUUAUAGGAGACUUAAUAGCGAACUUGGUGAUGCAGAAGCAACCAUGAACUGGUUACGCAUAAAAAGAUUGGAAGAUCCUAAUUUUUUUUGUAGGUAUAUCAGAGAUGAAGAUGGGAGAUUAGCUGCUCUGUUUUGGAGGGACCAUGCUUUAUUCUUGGACUACCAAGCAUUUGGGGAUGUUUUGAUCAUAGAUAGCACCUACAAAACAAACAUCUAUGGAAUGCCAUUGGUGUUGUUAGUCAGUACAAACAACCACCAAGCUAGUGUGGUAUUUGGUUGUGCUCUCGUUCGUGAUGAGAAGGAGGACACGUUCCAUUGGUUGAUUGAGCGAUUCGUUUCUUCAAUGGAGAACAAGGUCCCAAUAACUGUUGUAACAGAUGGGGAUGAAAGGUUGCACGCUGCACUUCACACACACAUGCCAAAAACAAGUAUAGAAGAAUGGGACAUGAUGUGGGUGAAGAUGAUAGUGGAAAACGACUUGGGGGACAAUGAAUGUCUAAAGACACUCCAUGAUAGGCAGGGACAUCAUUGUGGCGGAAUUUGCAGCACACAAUGGUGUGAGGGUAUGAAUAACAAGGUUAAGACAAAGGUGUGUGCUUACGUCAAGCUGGUUCAAUUUGUACCAAGGUUGUACCACAAUGUUGGGCGGUUGAGAGAUCGGUAUAUGUUGGAUGACUUUAAGUCCCGCAAUUACCACAUGAAAUUUGAAUUACCAAUGAAGGCCGUUGAGGAACAAGUAUUCAAUAUCUACACGGACGACAUCUAUUUAGUCAUCAGGGGCCAUAUGGUGUUUGAGAAUGCGUUUAAUGUCUCCACCCGUGUUGAUUACGAAGGAUCCAAAAACCUGACAUGCUACGUCACACAGUACGGUGUAGAAGAUAAGUGUUGGUUAGUGACUUACGCAGCCGGCAACACCGAAGGGGAGGGGGAUACUUAUAGAUGUUCCUGCCAUCUGUUUGAGUCAGAUGUGAUACCAUACUGCCACAUUUUCUCUGUUUUAAACGGGAAAGUGUGA